GUCUUCCACUCGCUUCUGUGCCUCACUUGGAGCGCACCACCUGUGCGUGUUUGACUCCGUGUCUCGAUGCAGGAGCGUGGCUCGAUUCUCCAACGGCCCAUGGCCCACACAUGAUUGGUUGUUCCAGCCAGCCCUGUUCCUCCUGCUUGCACAGGUCCAGAUUGCGUGGCGUGAACGCAGCAAGUGGGUGGUGCCUACUAUUUAACCAUCCACGCACGCCUGCAAUCUAUUGCAUCCCGACGUCCUGACCUCUAUCCACCGUUACUUCCUCGAAUUCGUAAACUCAGUAGCUGCACAGGCAAAAGCAUUCUCACAUUCCCCUACGUUGAUUAGCCAGUACAAAUGCUUGCUACCAUCCUCCGUGAUCCAGACGCAGCAAAGAAGCUGCUCGACACCAUCGCUGAAUCUCCAAGUGGGCGCCGUUCCAUUUCUAGGCUUGCUCGAACUUGCAAGGCCAUAUGCGAACCAGCCUUGGAUGUUCUAUGGAAGGAAUUAGACUCACUUCUCCCACUCGUUGGGUUGUUCCCGAACCACCUAUUGAAACGAACCCGUCGCCCUGGGCUUGGCUUGGCCAAGGCUCCAAACCCCGAGGACUGGGACCGGCUCCUUGAGUACGGUCAACGUGUUCGCCGUAUUACAUAUUCCGAGACGUCUCCCGCCAUCUCUCCUGCUAUAUUCGCGACGAUCAACGACCACAGUCCCGUGACCUAUAUCUUGCCCAACUUGCAGGAGCUUGUCUGGAAGGUUGAAACUGCUGCCGGAUUGGAAGCCUCUAUCCUUUUCAUGAACCCCGAAUUGCAGAGUUUGGUGCUGGAAGUCGGGAACAGGAUUCCAAAGCUCGACGCAUACCUGUCCAAGGUCUGCAGUCUCACCCAGCUCACCGCCUUCUCGUUCACGUCGCCUACCACGCUGCCCCAAAACUUCACUGACUUGCUGCGUUCUCAAAAUACUUUGGAAAAACUGUGCUUGGUCGCCCCCGGGGCGUUGUCAUCUCAAGUUGGACAGUGGGCAGCUUCGCUCCCUGCCCUCCAUUCGCUCGAGCUUGACCUCACCGGCCGCUCAAUGACUGCGGUAGAAGGCUUCUUCGACGAUAUCAUUCCGUCAGGGGCUAAUACUCCCAGCGACACAACAUCCAACAGCAGCAUACACUCUGGUGAUGAGAUUGACUUCACAGAAAUCCGCAAAUCUUCGCUUCGUCUCACGGGGGACCUACGCAGUGGUGGUAUCUUUGUCGGCCUCCGGCAUGUAGAGUUGACAGGUGAAACCUCUAACAUUGCGGUGUUCCUGAAGCACCUUACCAGUCAACUCACUUCUCUGGAACUCGUCAUCGAAGACCCCCCUGAAAUGGCUGACUGGCGGGAUCUCUCGCUUAUUAUCUGCGACCGCUUCAGCCAGUCGUUACGUUCUCUGCGGAUAACAGCGACCGGGUCGUCACGUUUCUCCGAACUUGUCAGAUCGACUUCUCGUGGUGGCGACCCAACGUCCCGUCAUCUCCCUCUCCGGUACCUCACCUCCCUCCCCUGCUUGGUCCGCCUAGAGAUAGACCUGCCAGAGUCAACCAUUUUCCGGGACGAGGAUUUGCAAUGCCUCGCGAAAGCCUGCCCGAACAUCGAGAUGGUGAGGCUGUGCCCAAUGGCACGCUUUUCAGGAACCUCGGGCCCCGGUCUCACCCUAGAAGGUGUUUCCGUCCUCACGACGAACUGCAGGCGGCUUCACACUCUUGCACUCGUAAUAGAUGCGCGUAGGGGUUCCGAAGAGACCUUGUCUUCCCUUGAAGUGUCCUCGAGGUCGCUUCUCCGGUUACACGUGGGUCAUUCGGCAAUUAGCGAUCCGCUGCACGCCUCCAUUCUUCUCAGCCAUCUUGCGCCUCAUCUAGAGAUAUUGAAGUGGUUCCACGAGAAAAACCGUCCCGGCUUCGUGGAAGCCAAUGCCCUCGGAUGGCAGAGAGUGUCGGAUUGGCUGCCACACCUCCAAGGCGUUCGCCUCAUGGAGAGGGGCAGAGUUGCCGCAAUGAAGAAGCCAGAAGUGGUGAUGAAAGACCAGAGUGUGGAUGCUACAGACAAGCGUACAUAUGUGAACAAGUUUGCACACGUUCGGCCAAAGACCAGCGAGAGGGCCGUCCAGUCGACACCAUCCCUCGUCGAUAGGAUGACACAAGUCAAGCCUGACUUGCUUUCCGUCUUUGUUGAUGCCACACCGCGAUGCGUCGAGACCCAGGUCGACGCCACGCCACAAGUAUGCCACAAGUCAGUAGGGGCAGGGAUUGAUGCGACGCCUCCUCCGACGGAGAAACGCCAAGAGGAUAUACACUAUGACGAAAAAUCGGGCCUCUUCUUCCACAGAUAUGACCUCCAUGCAAUCCCUUCUGUUCUCCCCGCAGUCUUCACCGGGCUGGUGGCCCUCGCAUACCGCCUUUUCCUUACGUAUCCCCUCACGAUUCCCAAAGAUAUGUUCGACAGGUCAUUUUCUAUGCUUCAUGCAGAAAAAGCAGCGAAUGGUGAUGAGCCUUCGCGUGAAAACCAUGAACUUCAAGAAUCACCAUCAUGCUCGACGACGACGGAACUUCUGGACCAUGAUAUCCCUCCUGUUUGUCUAUGAUCUCUACUUCGCAAUGGACUUUUUUACUCAUAUAGUACACUGGUGCCGGCACUUGUUGUAGGGGUAUUUUCACGAAUAUUACUAUAACGCAGAUUGGAAAGGAAAGCAGUGGACUGAUGAACCUCAGACUCGACCCUCUGAAUGCAGUGAAGUUGACGACACCCAGUGC